AUGUAAGAUUACAAAUAUUUUAGUGAUGAUAACCCAUACUGUGAUCCACCAGAUGUAUUCGAGCUCUUUUAAUUCUAUAACCAAUAUUUCUUUGAAGGGAUAUUAGUUACUUGUACUGUAAAAUGGAGUACUCGAAUGACUCUAUGUGCUGGUAAAUAAUUCUUCUUAAGUAAAGGCACCUGUAAAUAUGAAGGAUAGAAAUCAUGUACUAUUACUCUCUCUGAACCACUUUUAAAAUUUCGUUCAAACGAUGAAUUAAAAUCUACUCUUCUACAUGAAAUGAUUCAUGCCUACUUAUUUAUUACAAAACCAUCUGAAGCAUUUAUAAAUGAAGGUCACGGACCUGCAUUCCUGGAGAAAAUGAACUUUAUAAAUUAAGUUACUGGAUUAGAAUUGAGUGUCUAUCAUCAAUUUCAUGAUGAAGUUGAUAGAUGUAGAAACCAUAUUUGGAGAUGCAACGGCAGCUGUCAAUAAAAACCUCCAUUUUUUGGCUAUGUUAAAAGAGCAAUCAAUCGACCUCCUGGGAAAACAGAUUAUUGGUUUUAAAAACAUCAAGAAGAAUGUGGAGGGAUUUUUGAAAAAAUAAGUUAGCCAGAAAAAAAACAGCCAUAAAAAAAAGUUUAGAAAAAGAAAAAGUCUAAUGAUGUGAAAUAAGAAAAAAUGAUCAAAUUAUCCAAUUUCUUUUAAAAUGAACAAAUUUAUGCAAAAUUUUAAAUUAAUUAAAAAGAAAUAGCUGUAGAAUUUCUAAUGGUUCUCAAUUCAUUAUUGAAUUUUGAAGUUUUCAAUCAAAAAUUAGAAUCUAUUAUUUCAUGUUUGAAAGAGACGUAUUAGUAAAAUAUCGAAAAAUUCAAUAUUAAAAAACUAAUUAAUAUCAAACAAAGUCUAGAGAAGUGUAAUAAUAUUACUAUUCUUAAAUGUUCAAAAGAAAUUGGUGAGUAAAUGAAAAUACUUUCCAUUUCUGUUCGCACUAAUGGAUGUCCUCCUUAAGUGAGUAUAUUAAUGUAAUUAAAUAAAUUAUUGAAAUGA